AUCCGCUCUCAACCUAAUAAUUCCACAAGCCUCCCUCACCCUGGUCGAACCUGAACACAAACUAAGAGCGACUGGCACCUCCCUUCCUGACAGCCGCGAGGUGUAUGAAACAUGGCCGGAUCGUGAACUUGAUUGCUUAAUCGCCAGGCCGUCUAAAAGUCUAUUCUAAGUCCUACUUUAACGCUUGCCGCAACCUCAACCUGCCUGGGCAGGGAGAUACCAAUUACUACUAGCAAAAAAAGCUGAAUGAUGAUGAUCCGUCUCACACACCCAUGUCUUCAUCGUCUCAAACCCCCGGGCCGGCAGCAGCCAACAAGCGCCGCCGCGCCGAAGCCGCCAACGUCGCGCUGCGCAAGCCCUUCCGCUCGCCCAUGAUCAGCAGACAGGCUGCCACGGCCGGCGAGGGAGAUGACGGGACGAGGGCAGGCGCCGCCAAUGCUUCCCCCAACGUUGCGCGGGCAGCGGCGGGUGCAGAGGCAGCAGCACGAGCAGUAGCGACCGCGGGCACCCCGCGCGCCAAUCCCGCCACUCGGCGAGGAGGACACGGCGCGUGGCCCUCGACACCAGCGUCGGCCUCGCGGGGCUCGCCGCUGAACCAGCCUUCGAUGCGCGGCAGUAGCAGCAGCCUUGCGUCGAGAUCCGGCAACAGUAGGCUGGAAACUCUGCUGGCUGGGAAAGUCAGCAAGAAGAGCAGCGGCAGCGGGCAAGUCUUGCGGCGCGACGGAGACGUGGAUGACAACGACGACUACGACGCCGAGGACUUGCUUGAGCGGAUGCGGCAAGCCGAACGGGAGACGGGCGCGCACGUGCGCCAGCUGCAGCAGGAGCUCAACGUCGUCCGGCAGGCCAAGCGCAUCGAGCAACAGUCUGAGCAGAGCAGGAGACUGCGGCGACAGUCACCACCAACAGCACCAACCGGCGACGGAGGACCCAGCAUCAUCGACGCCGAGCUUAGAGAGCUGGUGGGCAAGUGGAAGUUCGCCAGCCAGCAGGCUGCCGAGGAGCUGUUCGAGCUGAUCAAGGGGCGCGUCGCGGGCAUGGGCGGCGGCAAGGCCUGGCGCGAGACGCGCAGGCAGCAGCAGCAAGGGUUCUUCGCGGGGUUUGAUGAUGGCGAUGGCCACGGGAGCGGUGCGACGCGGCGGGAUCACGAGAGGGACUGUAAUGAGGAGUGCAGGUGCGACGACGACGACGACGACGACGAUUUCACGAUGUUGAUGAUGCUUAAGAGCCUCAACAUCGACCCCAAUGUCUUGGGCUACGAUGCAGUUGAGGAUAAAUGGCGGGACUGAGAAAUACAUUGCAGUAAACCUCCACCUUGUCGUGGUUGAGAGCUUGUGAGCCAAGGCCAAAAAAACAGAGGAAUGGCGCAACUCGGGGAGGGCUACAGAGAUUCAGAGCGCUCGAGCUAUCAUCGGCCGUUGGAAUCUUUAGCGGAGAGACCCUGUUAUUAUCGCCACCUACUACCGUAUACCACAAGUAAAUACGGUUUGCGUUUGUGCAAGUGAUGCAGCCUCCUGAUGGUGAUCCAAUGUCGAAACUUUGCAGCGGUCCCGAAUGCUGCUGGCCCAGCGGGAGCUAAGCCGGCAUGUUCCCCACAGGGGC